CCCGGCUGGGGGUGAGGCGACAGCAGAAAGUUCCCUAGAGCAGGGCGGAUGGGAUGGUGCCUGUGUGUGUCUUGCUUUGAGCUUGAAUAAUGGCUGGGGGUCCCUUCAAGGAGCCACAAAAUCAGAGGAUGGCGAAGCUCCUUCGGGGCCGGAAUAUCUAACGUUGUGGAGGCUGCCGCGUCUCUGCACCCAGAGUGCCAACACAUCAGGACGAGAGACUCGGAGGAACCGGAGGGAGGAGAGCUGGCUUCUUGCAAAGAAGAUGGACCCUAGCCAGGUUCCCUUCUGUGGCAGAGACAGUGUCCUUUCGGGCCCCUGUUUUCGCAUGGCUUUGGGCAUUUCUGGCUCCAGGGUCUAAUUUAGCCUUUCGGCCAUCGGCUACCAUCCUUGGCUUCGUGCGGAGCUUUGGGGGCGGUGGCAGUGGUGGUGGCAACUGCCUGAGUUCUCUGCCACUGUGGAACAGCAGCUGUGAUGUAAGUGGGAAUGAUUUCCCCCUGCUCCAAGCUCCACAACUCCCCGGGAGUUUCCCCAUCCUCCAAGACCAGCAGCUCACCUGUCCUCUCCAAGAAAAUGAGCAUGAUCCCCAAUCUUCGUCUCCAGAGGAGGUUUACUGUGGCCCACCCACUUUGCUUUGAUGUCGAGAAUGGCUUCUCUUCAGGACGAAGUCCCCUCGGUUCCCAGACCAAUCUGGGUCUGGGACUUGUUUUACAAGGCACAACGCCCCACAGCCAACGUCGGGAGUCUUUCCUCUACCGAUCAGACAGCGACUAUGACCUCUCCCCGAAAGCCAUGUCCCGCAAUUCCUCCAUCAGCAGUGACAUGCAUGGAGAAGACUUGAUAGUUACUCCUUUUGCACAGGUCUUGGCCAGCCUGAGGACAGUUCGUAGCAACUUUGCUGUCUUGACCCACCUCCGGGAACAUGUCUGCAACAAGCGAACAUCUGGUCCCAUCAAUCCCCUCUCUACCUCUAAGGUCAAUCUAUCAGAGGAUGCCUACCAAAAGUUGGCUGUCGAGACCUUGGAAGAGUUAGACUGGUGCCUGGAUCAGCUGGAGACUUUGCAAACACGUCAUUCAGUCAGUGAGAUGGCUUCCAACAAGUUUAGAAGAAUGCUCAAUCGAGAACUGACACACCUCUCGGAAACAAGCCGUUCUGGAAACCAGGUAUCCGAGUACAUCUCCAACACAUUCUUGGACAAACAGCAUGAGGUGGAAAUCCCAACCUCUGUUCCCAAAGAAAAAGACAAGGAGAAAAAGAAGCGGCCAAUGUCACAGAUCAGUGGUGUGAAAAAACUGAUGCAUAACUCCAGCUUCAGUUGUGCUGCCAUCCCUCGUUUUGGAGUAAAAACGGAUCAGGAAGGGCUGUUGGCUAAGGAACUAGAAGAUGUGAAUAAAUGGGGCCUUGAUGUAUUCAAGAUUGCAGAGUAUUCUGGCCACCGCCCACUAACAGUCAUCAUGUACAGCAUCUUCCAGGAAAGAGACUUGCUGAAAUCUUUUCACAUUCCUGCGGAUACCUUCAUCACAUUCAUGAUGACCCUGGAAGAUCAUUAUCAUGCUGAUGUUGCCUACCACAACAACAUUCAUGCAGCUGAUGUUGCCCAAUCCACACACGUAUUGCUUUCAAUGCCAGCUCUGGAGGCUGUUUUCACUGACUUGGAGAUUUUGGCUGCCAUUUUUGCAGCUGCCAUCCAUGAUGUUGACCAUCCUGGCGUUUCUAACCAGUUCCUGAUAAAUACCAAUUCAGAACUGGCACUAAUGUAUAACGAUGCAUCGGUGUUAGAAAAUCAUCAUUUGGCAGUAGGAUUCAAACUCUUACAAGAAGAAAACUGUGAUAUUUUCCAGAAUCUCUCUAAGAAGCAACGGCAAAUGCUCCGGAAGAUGGCCAUUGACAUGGUGCUGGCAACGGAUAUGUCAAAACAUAUGAAUCUUCUGGCUGAUCUGAAGACAAUGGUAGAGACUAAGAAAGUGACCAGUUUGGGAGUCUUGCUUUUGGAUAACUACUCAGAUCGCAUUCAGGUUUUGCAGAAUAUUGUACACUGUGCAGAUCUUAGCAACCCCACAAAACCACUAGAGCUCUAUCGCCAGUGGACAGACCGAAUUAUGAUAGAAUUCUUCCACCAAGGAGAUUGUGAGCGGGAGAAGGGCAUGGAGAUAAGUCCAAUGUGUGAUAAACACAAUGCCUCCAUAGAAAAGUCUCAGGUGGGAUUCAUUGAUUAUAUUGCUCAUCCACUUUGGGAAACCUGGGCUGAUUUAGUUCAUCCUGAUGCUCAGGAGAUACUUGAUACUUUAGAAGACAACCGAGAGUGGUAUCAGAGCAUGAUUCCUCAUAGUCCUUCAUCUCCCCCAGAUGCAUCAGGUUUAGAGAAAAGUGGAGGAGACAAAUUCAAGUUUCAGCUAACUUUAGAGGAGGAAGAUGGAGAAGAAUCAGAUAUUGAACCAGAGAUUGAGAGCCCUUUGGAAGAGGAUAAUAGUGAAUCUAAAACCUUGGGGACAACUGAUGAUUCAGAAUCUGCAAAUGAGCCAUUGCCUUCUCCAACAGACAAAUUGGGCAGCCCCCACAGAAAUGCCCUGAUCAAACAAAAGGAUGCACUGAACUUUGACAUCCAAAGAACACUUUCACUGAUGGACAGUGGCUCCAUAGCAGAUCCAGCUGAGUUAGCAAGAAGAGAGAGUCUGACUGAUGCACAAUCAUGUCUUGACAUGGAAGGAAAUAUCACCUUUUUGCCUCUUGGGACGUAGUGAAGGGAAGGCCCAAUGAUGAUUACAUUCUGGCAGGGCCAGAAGGGGACCACCCCAGAUCUUGCUGCCAGCAACCUAUGAUGUCACUCCCCAUUGUAAGGGAGUGUUACUAUUAACAUUAUCUUCCCCAAAGAAAUCUGUAGCUUGAACCACAUUAUUUGCCCAGGUGGCAAAACAUCAGACUAUACCUGUCAUGUCUUCCUUCCAGUGUUGCUACUCAGCAUCUGAGUUGUACCUGGCAAAUGGAGAAAUUCUUCCUGCUGGACUUAUCAUUAUCACUAAUUUCUUAUUUUGGUUGCAACUUGGAAAUAGUCUGUAUCUUGUUUUAAGAAAGCCCAGGUGGAAAUACAGCUUUUAGUUCAGUGUAAGAACAAAUAUUUUGCCUGAAGAUAGACACAGGUUCAAUCUCUGACAUCUUUAGUCUUCUUUUUUAGAGGUUCUAGGCUGGGGAGGGGGGAAUUCUGACUGUGAUGCUGGAAAACUUUUUCAAGUUAGAGCAGACAGUACUGGAUUGUUUGGACAAAUGGUCAGAUUUUUUGUAGUCCUACACUUUCCAAUCAUGCAAAUUUCAUUUGAAGAAAGGUUCUGUAUAAUCCUGCUGAAAAUCAGAAUAAUAUAGUGGGCUUGAUGGACCAAUGAUUUGACCCAGCAAAAAGGGAAUCUUAAAAUGACAUGCUACUGCAGAAAGGGGAAUUGUGCAGAUAAAUAUAUUACGUUUGCUUUUCUCAAGUGUAAUAAAACCAGCAUGCUGGGAAGUUUCACAUAAAAUAUUCAAAUAGGAGGCAGUCUCUGUAAAUUACAAAUAGUUCUAGUGUGAUAGGAUGCUAUCAAGAGAUACAAAAUUCAUCCUGCUGGAUGCAUUUGGUAUCAAAUUCCUGAUACUCAAACAAGAAGGCCUUCCUUCAGUCUGCAUGUUGCCUCAAUCUGGUAGCUGCAUUGAAAAUUGCCUCCUUUAUGUUAAUUUCCUAAAUACCUUUUCUCUCACAUGAAAAUAUUUAUAGAAAGUGAUAGCCCAAUUUCGCCAAUAGCCAGAAUCCCUAUAAAGAAGGGACUAUGGAUUUUGUUUUAUUUUUCCAGUAAGGGGGGGAAACUCUAUUGUUUUAAAUUAUGUUUAUUUUAUGACAUGUAUUUCUCCAUAGCAGCUGUAAAGAGUAAAUAAUUCAUGUUUUUUUUAAAAAAGAGGAGUAUUUUGAUGCAGAAAUAGGUAGUCAGUAUUUAAAAAACCCUAAUUAAUCUCCCCAGCAAUUUCUAAUAUAAGUCGACUAUAAUAACUGGCAGAACUGCUUGCUGUAAUUGGAAGUCUUGCUAAUUUUCAAAUUUUGGGGGGGCGGGGGGAACCUGCACUUGAUCAUUUGUCUCUUUUUGACAUUUCAGUGUCCCACUUUGUUGGGGCUUUGGAGGUUGCGGGGCUUAUUUAACCCUUUCUCCUAAAAGGAAUGGGAGAUGCUAUUCCAAGUGAUGUGUUCAUAUUAGACUACUCAUAAAGGUUUUGUGUGAUAUGUACACUAUUUAUUUUGGAUCUUUUGAUCAUUAACAUUUUGCAGAAGAAAAAUACCUAUUAUUUUUAAAGGGCAUUUUAACUUUUUUUUUCUAAAUACAUACAUAGAAUUGUUUUGUUUUAAUAAGCUGGUUUUCUGACAUUAGGGGAGAAGCAAUUUAUGUCCAAUUGUGAAAAAAAAUGUGGAUUUACAUGUUUCCCUCCUAUUUUCAGUAUUCAAAGAAAUCUAUUAUUUUGUUUUUUCUGGGUUAUCUGGAUCUUCAUGUAUUUUGCAGUUCACAAAAGAAGAUUGUUACAACACUGAAUUUGCUCAAAUCAAGUUAGAGAUCCAUUCUGUCCCUCUUAUUCUACAUCCCUAUGCAUUAAAGGGUCUGUCCUAUUCCAGAGAGCACUUGUAACUAGAUAGUACUCUAUCCAUUGAUUUUUUUCCCCUAUAGAAGGCUUAAUCUUCUGAUUUGAAGAGAUGCAUUUUGUGCUUUCACUGUACUGUUUGGGUAAAAUCCAGUUCUAUGGAGUCUCAAAAAGAGACAGGGUUGGUUGAAACUGGGGAAUCAUUAGCCAAUGCAAGUAGCAGAUAAAAGUUAUGAAUAGACAAAUGAGAUUUAAAGGUUCAUUUGUAAAACUUUGGUGAGGGCAGAUUAUGAUUUGAGAAGUUUAAACUGCUAAAUGAUUAUCAAGCUAGGGUGGUACUCCAUCUACUAUAUUUAUGUAUUAGAAAUCCAGGGAAGGUGCAAAUGAGGAUGAUUAUAUGCACCAAUUUUUUUCCCCAUAUACUGUACCUCUUAUGAAAGGCCGGUUAUGCAUUACUACUGGGAAGGCUACCACUUUUAAUUUAUUUUCAGCAAGUACUUUUUGUUCUUUUAAAAAAAAUUUUUUUGUAGCUUUAUGCUUAAUAAUAUUUUGAUGUGCAAUAACCUCACCAAUGGCUGAUUCAGGCAAAUUUUAUUGAUAGCAAUUGGCUUAACUGUGAUUUGCACUCAAAAAUGCUGCAUUAUGUGUGUGCAAAUGUAUAUAUGUAUAUGUUGAAUGUUUGUUUGUAUACACAUGUAUUUCACAAUGCACUUUUGAGUUUGCCGAGCUGCCACUGGGGCCUGGCCCUACAGAUUGAGUUACUGUUUCUUUGUGAAAUAAGUAUUGUCGUAACCACAGAAAACAUAUUGACAUUUUUAUUUGAUUGUCUGGUUUUCCUUGCAACAUUAAGUGUUUUCUGGCAACACUUUUUUCUUUACAUUGUAUUUAAGUGUUAAAAUGAAAUGUUUGGCUUUUUAAAUUGUACUAUAAAUCUCCAGAGCUUGAAAAAAAAUCCCAGACCUAAAGAAAUCAUAGUAAGGCAGCAUUUGUUAGUCGGAAUGAUAACUAUAGGAGAAAAGAGAAACUGCCACAGCAGUUUAGAAUGUGGAAAUUGUGGAUGGAGUUGUGAACGGAGUUAAUCCAAGAUAGAAAGGUAAAUCAGAGCAAAUAAAUUAUGAGGAGAGAGAGGGGAGGGGAGGGAGAGAGAUUAUAUGGUGAUGCUUAAUCAAAGUUUAGGCAAAAAAAGCAAAAAUGUAUGAUGAGAACUGUCAUGAUUUAGCCCAACUGAUUCAGGAAAAUUAGGAUCAUUUAGAAUUGCAGAGGAUGUAAUGUUCUCCUCUUUGCAAACAUUUUCUAACAUCAUAAGGAAUUAUUUUUAAAGGAUAGGGGAUUGAAUGUUAUAGCAUGUAAAAAUUUCACAGUAAUUUAUGCAAAAAUGAGUGAAACUCUGGAAAAACAAUAAUGACUGCUUAUUUCCCCAAAGCCAGGUCCUUUUUCCCUCCUAUCAAAUCCAUCACUGACAAGCCUAACUCCCAAAUAAUGUAAAUAUUUAAUCCCAAAGCAUAAAGCUUAUCUCUUAUCUGUGCUUGCUUGUCUCUUGUAUGUCCCUCAGUGCUCUUGAUUUAUACACACACAUCUGCCUAGUUUCACAAAAUACUCUUGCCUUCUUGGGGACUUAUCAUGACAGUGAUCCACCAACUACAUUUCCCUCCAAGUCCUAUUUGUUUCUUUCACAGAUUACAUGGUGGAAUUAUAAGGGAGUACUGUAUAAUCAAAUGGCCAAGCAUUUGAUUUGAUAUCAAAUCAAAACUUUGAUAUUGUAUUUUGGAAGAUAUUGUAAAUAAGACUUAGCAAAGCUCACAGUACACAAACACACGAGGUUAGAUGGGGAUGAUACAUUUGCCUUUAUUUAGACCCACAGAUGUACACAAAACUCUACAAAACAUUUUUUCUGCCAUAUUUUUUCCUUAAGUAGAUAUUA